GGGAAACAUCUGGACCAUGAAGGUGGCCUUCAGAUUGCUUCUCCCACUUGUCCUUGUGCUGAUCUCGGAGGUGAGCGGGCAGCGGAGGAAACCUCCCCGGAAACCCACCCGCCCGCCUCCCGCGUUCAUUGAGCCCGUCGAGCCCACGGAGCUGCCUCCCCCUCUGCCGCCGGGUCCGCCCUCCAUCUUCCCCGACUGCCCCCGAGAAUGCUACUGCCCCCCAGACUUCCCCUCUGCCCUCUACUGUGACAGCCGCAACCUGCGGAAGGUCCCCAUCAUCCCGUCCCGCAUCCACUACCUCUACCUCCAGAACAACUUCAUCGCCGACCUCCCGGAGGAGUCCUUCAGGAACGCCACGGGGCUGAAAUGGGUCAACCUAGACAACAAUCGCAUCCGGAAGGUGGACAGGCGGGGCCUGGAGAAGCUGGAAAACCUCAUCUUCCUCUACAUGGAGAAGAACCAGCUCAAGGAGGUGCCCGCCUUCCUGCCGCCCAACCUGGAACAGCUGCGUCUGAGCAGGAACCAGAUCUCCAAGAUCCCUGCUGGGGUCUUCAACAAGCUGGAGAACCUGGUGCUCUUGGAUCUGCACCACAACAAGCUAAGCGAUGGGGUCUUCAACAAAAACACCUUCAAGGGACUCAAGAACCUCAUGCAACUCAACCUUGCCCACAACAUCCUGAGGAAAAUGCCUCCCGGGGUGCCCAGUGCUAUCCACCAGCUCUUCCUGGACAGGAACAACAUUGAGGACAUCCCCAGUGAUUACUUCAAGGAGUUCCCCAACCUGGCAUUCAUCCGGCUUAACUACAACCAGAUCUCUGACAAGGGGCUCCCCAAGAACUCCUUCAACCUCACCAACUUGCUGGUGUUGCACCUGGCCCACAACAAGCUUACCAAUGUCCCUUUCAUCAGCCCCAAGCUGGAGCACCUCUACCUGAACAACAACUCCAUCGAAAAAAUCAAUGGGACGCAGAUCUGCCCCACCUCGCUGAUGUCUAUCCAUGACUUCUCCCCCUCCAACCUGGACGGCGUGCCCCGGCUCCGGUACCUGCGGCUGGACGGGAACCUCCUGAAACCCCCCAUCCCCUUGGACCUGAUGAUGUGUUUCCGUCUCCUGCAGUCCGUGGUUUUCUAGCCCUGCCCGGCAGCGCGCCUCUCCCAGGACUUGGCUUUGCACAGAGACUCGACUCCCGUCCAUGUUUGACACGUGGGACCCUCUUUGCCUCCUUCUCCCCCUGCUCCUCCCUCUGCCUCCAUCCCUCUUGCCUUUUCCCUUUUCCUCCCUUG